CUCAUAGCGACCCUAUAAGAGGAGAACUGCCCCAUAGGGUUUACAAGGAGCGCCUGAUGGAUUUGAACACCCGUCCGUAGCAGCCAUAGCCCUUAACGACUAAGCAAGCAAUCAGGGUUUUAGAGCAGUAAGGCGGCGGGACCUUUCCGCUCGCCCCGAAAACGAUCUGCACUGACUGGACCUGGCCUGUUGGGAAGGAUGAGCCCCGAGAGCCAAUGAGAAGUCCGGAGGCGGGGCCUGUCCAAUGAGCGCGAGGCGGGGGCGGGCCCUGCGUUGCCACGGCGCCGAGCUACGGGUGCCGGCAGGGGAGGGCGGUGUCGGCAUGUGUCUCCUGUUAGGGGCCGCGGGCGUCGGGAAGACGCUGCUGGUGAAGCGACUGCAGAAGCUGAGCGCCCAUGACGGGAAGGGCGACCUGGGGGACCCUCCCCCGACGCGGCCCACGGUGGGCACUAACCUCACCAACAUCGUGGUCCAGAAGAAGAUCACCAUCAGGGAGCUAGGGGGGUGCAUGAGCCCCAUCUGGCCCAGUUACUACGGAAACUGCCAUGCUCUCCUGGUUUGGGCCCCACAUUCCAGACCCUUGGAGAACUGGUGGCCACAUGAAUGGAGGCUUCCGUGGAGGGGAAGGCAGAAAGAAGGGAUACCAAGUUACCCCACACGACUCUUUCCUCUGCUUCUGCCUGUUACGAGAGCCCUCGGUUAUGAGUCCUCUUGUCUUGUCUUCUGGAGCCAGGGCUGGGCCCCGGGGAUCCCCAGUGUGGGCGUUCCUGAUCUCUCCUUUCUUCCCCAGUUUGUGCUGGAUGCCUCUGACCCCACACAGCUGUCUGUGUCCUGUUCGCAGCUCCUGGGUCUCCUUUCAGCAGAACAACUUGCAGAAGCAUCUGUCCUUAUACUCUUCAAUAAAAUCGACCUGCCCUGUUACGUGAGUGUGGAGGAGUUGAAGUCAUUAAUGAGGCUCCCAGAUAUCAUCGCCUGUGCCAAGCAGAACAUCACCACAGCAGAAAUCAGUGCACGCAAAGGCACUGGCUUGGCAGGGGUUCUGCGCUGGCUCCAGGGCACCCACAGAGCCAGCUGUUGACGGCCAGGAAGGUUCUGGAUUGACCUUAUACAGUGCAGGGCCUGGGCCACCGCCAAGUGCAGCCUUCUCAGACAGGCCACCUUGAUGUUGGUAUGCUGUUCCACUCCUUACAUGCCACUGAGCAGCCACAGGCGCACAUGGACUUGGCUUCACUCGCGAGGUCCUUGUAGAUGAUUUCACAGACAACCUGGAUUCCUGAGUCUUGGCUCUCAGACGUUUCCCAGUUUCGGUGGACUUCAGCAGAGCCUGGUUAAACUUAAGUUCUUGAAGAAUUCCUGUGAACUGGGUGUCUUCAUUUUCUCGAGCUGAAGGCAUAAGAAUCCCAGAAACAAGGUUAGCACUGGGCAGUCAUGAGCCUGCGGCCCUCCCACCAUAUCCCUGGCCGUCAUGGCUCCAGCAAGGCGAAAGUACCCUCAGUGCCGAGCUGAAUCACACGUGGCCCUAUCUCCCAUGUCUCCUCUGGGCUCACCGUGGACGUGUUUAAAGCAGUCAUUUCCCAGUGAGGCUGGUGCAGCUGGCAAUGGUGACUGAGCUGAGAUACCCCAGCUCUUGGUGCCUCAGAGGACCUUCUGAGUCCCCUGUAUCCCGGCCUCCCAGGACCUGGCAGUGACUUGGGUCCCCAGAUGCCCCAGCACCUAAUUCCUGUAGAGCAUGGGGUUCUUCACCUCUGAGAACACUGAAAUCCAGCCUGCCGCUGGUCACUGCGGUGGUCCCACCCUGGCCAGCGCCAGGACAUAGUCUUCCCUCAGCGGACCCUGGACAUUGGUGUGGGGCCUGCCAGGAAGGGGAAACGGGCCUCUGUCCACCUCGUUUUUCCUUCAGGGCAUAAAAAUAUGGACCCAGAGCAGAUUGUAAAGAGGUGCCCAGGUUGUGGGCUAGAAGACGGACAGGCAGAGAUACACAGGUAUUUAAGGAUGAUGAUGUAUAAGGUGUGUUGUCUCCACACUCCAAGGUGACAAGCUUGAGCUGGCCUGCCUGCUCAUACUUCUCAAACAGCUUUGAAAAACAUUGUAGCUCUUCAUAAAUGUCUUCUCUGAAGAAGUCCUUGGACACGGGUCCUGGAUGAAUCCUGAGAACGUGUCCUGGACCUAGGGAAGAGUGGCCUGUGGUUUGGGCAAGGACUGCGGGCAGCAGCUUCUGUGGGCAGGCAGAAGCUCACUCAGAGGUGGCCAGGGCACCAGGCAUUCCCACAGUGUCUGGAGGGUACUGAGACUCAGAACCUUAGCAGAUAGUGACCAUGGGGACCCUUCCAUCAUUUGAGGGGUGCUGGCCUGGCAGGUCCCGGUCACAUUGCGCAUAGCCAGCCGGAACCUGCACUUCCUGAAUCCCUGGGUCCUUCCCUGUCUAGAUGGACUGACUGGAGGCUUGCUGAUGCUACAGUGCUGACUUGUACUUGGGUUGUGGGAUCACGGAGAUUGGUGAGGACAGUGGCCGCUCUCUCUAGAAAACAGCCAUCCACACCACACGCCAUGCUCAGCUCACUGUGUCAGGGCUGAAUCCGAGGUGGGGGGAGCUUGGGAAUCCCCCUGCUCAACCCUAAUGGACCCUGCUGGGGUGCAGGCUGUGGACCUGGGCAGGAGUAUCACCAGGUGCUGGAGGGAACCGAUGGAGGCCUGUCUGAGAGAGGGGACAGCACCUCUCCAGCUCAGCGGCUCUCAGGCUUCAGCACCUACAGUCACCCAGGGAGCUCAUUAAACUGCCUGGACCCGCCCUCAAUAUCUGACACCAUAAAUUGGGUGGGCCCAAGAAUGGACAUCCAUUCUGGCAAGUUCCCCAGUGUUGCUGGUGCUGCCGUCCAAGAAGAACCAGCUGGUGCAGUCAGACAUGGCACCCCUCAUGGACCCUAUCCUCAUGGACCCUUGGUGCAGUAACUGAGUGGUCAGGGACAGGGACUGCACGGUGCCCGACUCCGUCCUGCGUCCCCAGCUGUGCUGAGCCUGAGUGUGUAGGGGCUGAACAGGGUGUACCCGCUCCAGAACUUGUUUCUUUCGGAUUCCCCAAGGUAGUUGAAAAGGUGUGAAAAAAGAAAUACUUGCUUUUUCUGUACUUUUCCUUCACUUUCAGAGGUGACCUAGAAGAGCAGAAGUGACUCGGUGGGUGAGGGCCUCGGCAGGCCCAGGCUCUGCCCCAUCGCAGGGUCCAGGGCAAAUGGCCACCGGAUCCCCAUCCUGCCACCUCCUCUGGAUCUUCCUGCACCCCCAUCAGCAAGAGGCAGGGCAGGCAUUCUUCCCUGACCAGCUGUAGGGGCCUGGGGUUGGGGCCACCAUGAGUGCCAUCCCGAGUUGGGGUGCUCAGGGGCUCACCCCACCUUCCCAGGAGGUCCAGCUGCCCAUUCCAGGGCUGACAGCCAGAAUCAGGCAGCUACCGCCCCACCUUGGCCAGGGAGAAGACAGGCCGGGGCCAUUCUUGGCCGCAUUGAGGGUGUGUCUUUGUUAACGAAAAUUCAUCCAGGAGAUUAUAAUUCUGGUCUAAAUACUUGUAUUCAUAAGGACUGAGGCAAAGGGCAGUCUAGCAGUGUCCCCAGUGUCCUGUGGGCUAGGGGAGUGGGAAGGGUUGUGCUCUGCCCUGGACUAGAAGCUGUGGCCCCUGCCCGCUCCUGCCCCCUCAGCAGUGCCCUGGCAGGCCUCCUGCAGGCCGUCCCUCCUCUCUGUCCUCUGGACUCUUACCUGGGUGAUCACACAGGCUCAGGGCCACUUUCAGGAGUGCCCUGUGGGAAAAUGAGAAACACGGGCUAGUGGAGGCCAGCAGGGGAGGGCACUUCCAGGGAGGACAUGGAGGCCCUGGGGACAUGCGAAGUGAGGCAGAGGUGUGGUCUCAGGAGAGCGUAUCCCACACCAGAGGUGUGGUCUGAGCAAGCGAGGGGUUGGACGUGCUGGGGUGCAGAGGGGAGGCUGCUUGGGCAGAGCCUUGGCUGGACCCAGGGCAGUGGAGGAGGUGAGGGCAAAGGUGGUGUGUAAACUGUGAGCGUGGGCGUGCAUAUAUGUGAGUGUGCUUGGGUGUGUGUACAUGAUCAUGAGAGUGCAGAGGUGAGUGUGUAUAGGGUGUGUUUUUAGGGGUAAGUGUGCACUGAGUUUGGUGUGUGUAAAUGUGUGUUUUGGUUAUGUGUAUGAGUGUGUCUGGGGGUGAGUGAGCAGGGAAUGUGUGCCUGUGAGUGGGGGGUAGUGUGUUUGGAUUUUGCGUGGGUGUAAGUGUAAGCAUGGCCGUAGGCUGCGUUGGGGCAGGGGUGUGUCAGAGGCUUUGGGCCCAUCUCCCAGGGGAAGGACCUCAGAGAACAGCCCGAGGUCUGCCUAAACCGACCCUGACUGCAGGCAGCGUGGCACCCACCAGCACCUCCUGCAGGACAGGGAGUUGUCAGCAUCUGCCUUCUGCUGCCCCCACCGCCUGCAGGUUGGGUGUGCCAGGUCUGUUCUGACGCUGACCUGGGUCGAAGCCAUCAACGGGGCUUUGCCUAAACUGAAGCUCACCCCAGGUGGUCUGAGCUCAUUUGCCUGGCAUGUACCAGGGUCGCAGGUUUCUAAAAGGCCUCAGGGGGUUUUGAGGUGCAGCCCUUAAGCCAGGCAUACAUCAGGGACACCUCUUCCUCUGUGCACCCAGCUCACCAGUGUGACACCUGUCCCCCCACCCCAGUUUGGUGACUGGGAGAGAAAACACCGGCUUCCCUGGGAAGCCGCUAUUACCAAAAUUUGUGGGCACUGGGUGGGUUCUGCCAUGCAAGUGCAAGGGUUUGUGUGUGUGUGGAUAUAGAAGAUAUCACACAUGCACACACUCAUGUGCACAUACAUAUUCACACAUGUACGUCAACCUUCAUGGCAAAUCGACGCUCCCGGAAGUUGUGCUGUGUGAUCCUUGGUGUGCCCCCUGGAACACACCCUGGCUACUCCUAAGGCCCCCUCCCUAGUGGAGAAACAGAGCCCCGCAGAGACAGGUGCCCAGCACCUAGAAGGUGCCACCCAGGCUUUGAGGUCAACCAGCCUUGGCUGGACAGAGCAGGCUGAUCUGCCCUCCAGCACCUCCCAACCACUUUUAAACCUCCCAUCACACUGUCUCUUCCUCUGUCAACCAAGGCCUUGGAUUUGCUGAGCUAACUCAGGUACAACCUGUUAGGAUGCCUAACCCAUGGUAAAUGUCUGAGGCCCUAGUUCUCCUGGGAUGGGGGUGGGGAUCCCCUCAGUGGCCCAGCAGCUUUGGGGGCAGAUGCCAUGGGCAGGGUGCUACUCACCGAGUCCUGGCCCUGGGUCCUAGGAAGAGCUUAUGGUUCCAGGGGCAUGUGACCUGCAGGUGUGGGCUGGCUCUCACAGGCCUUCAGGAAGAAUGUUCAUUAACCAAUGUCGUACCUGCUCAGGAGCUGAUUACCCAGUAAGCAAGUACUUACUAAUCUGUAGUGAAUAAAUUCAUGUGGUUUUGAGACAGAGACUCAGAAGGGGGGGGUGGGCAACAGAGACAUCACGAUCUGAGAACACCCUGUAUAACCUCAACUGUUCACCCACACCACCAGAAACAAGUCACUUAAAAAUAUCAGUCAAAACCCCUGGGGUUGUUUUUCACUUCCUUAAAGUUGUUCUUCAGGAAAACCAGAUCAGACCAGAAAAAGAAACCUGCAUGGAAAGGAGGAAAGGUGACCGCUCCCUGACCCUAAGGCGGACGCACUACAACUAGGUCAGGGGAUUCGAACCAUAGGAGCGAAAGACUGCGCAAGGGCGACAUCCCACUGCUUCCUUCCUUGACCUCAACUCGUGCGCACACUUGAUUUCCCCAACCCCACCGUUUCUCCCCGAAACGCUGUGAAUAAAACAUAAGGUCCUUCCCGGCUAAAACUCUUUAUAAACCCUAACCCAGCCUGUGCUCAGGGAGACAGGGGAGGCCUUGCCUAGGCCCUUGUCGUCUCCGGUGGCAAGCCGCCUAUGAUAAACCUUUGCCUGGGUGGAAAAACUGGUGGAUUUCUUCUGACUGUUCUUAUUCAGAAAAGAGACAAAAACCUGACAGAUUUUCUCUGGUAACAGUUUCACCAUGCCAUUUACGUGAAACCCACAUGAAACCGUUCACUAGAGAUUAGUGAGCACAAGUAAGACCGUGCUUACCUUGCUUACUAGGUCAUCCGCCCCUGCCAGGGACUGUAAAUUUGAAAAGAGGCUAUGAUUCUGUAGGAAGGUGCUGUGGGGUUGUGAGAGAGACUGACGCCAGCCAUACCUAGAAGCAGAGUCUUUGAUGUGAGAAAAGGUGAAAUUGUUCACUACAGAUUAGUGCUUACCUUAUCAGGUAACUGGCCCUGUGUAUCCCCCUCCAGGGUGUCCUCCACAGCCUGUUUGGGGGCAAAAUGUACGAAUCACUGGCCCCAUAACCACAGGUAUCCAUAGAAAUUUUUCCCAGGAGAGAGUGACGACACAGCUUAAGAACCCAUCCUGCACGGUUGGUGGGUUUUCGGGAAGUGGUCCUUUACUCAUGGCUGGAGCAGCUGUGACCUGAGGGACACACAGUCCUCUUGACCCCCUUCCUUCCUCUUGUGAUCCAUCUCACUCUCCAUUGCUGGUUCAUCCUCAUCGCCACACACUCAGCCUCAGGGGCCCGGAACUCAGCUCAUGGUUACCCUCGCUCUGUUGACCCUCUGUUAAGGUCUUAUCCAAGCCCAGGGCUUUAGAUACCCUCUCCAUGCUGACCCUGCAGCUUUCCAUUUUAGCCCAGCUGCCUCCCCGAACCCUGCUAGAGAUUGGCCUGGGCGUGGUCAGCCACGUCCUUGGAUCUCCUUGGCCACCCUGUCCCCAGUUCUUGGCCUCUUGCUCAGUGGAAAGCCCAGGCCUGUGCUUGCUGGCUUCCCCACAGUCAACGGCUCAGGUUUUGGCAAAGUCUCUACCCUACUCAGCAGAAGAAGCCACAGAUCAGGUCCCACGGGACCCACAGAGGCACCAGCUUCCCCAGCCACUGCCUCUGAGGCCUGGGUGACACACCUGAAAGUGGAGAGAGUUGGAGCCCCAUGGGCAGUUUUGAAUAGUGAGAGACAAAGGAAGGAGCCCUGGUAGAUAUUCAUCUCCCCUCUUGCCCCCUUGACUGCACUCUUGGAGGCCUUUCUGGAGAUGUCCCACAAGAUUAGUUAAUGGAUUGUGUUUUCAUGGGAUGCUUGAGCCAGCUCAGAUGUGCCACCUUGUCUUGCUCUUUUCUCGUGCCCUCACCUUCCUGUUCUCCUCCCUCUUGAUCUCUGGGCUGAAGAGCAGGUAAUAACUGUGAUGUCACCCAACAACACCAUCACCACUAUCAACACAACAAGGGGGAGAGAAACUAGGAGUGUAUAGCAAGGUGUAUAUAAGUUUUUGUAUGAGAGACUGACUUAAUUUGUAAACUUUGACUGAAAGAUCAAUAAUAAAGAUAUCCUCACAUGUACAUUCAGAGAGAGAGAGAGAUCUGAUCUACCCAGACAUCUGUCAGUUUGUCAUACUGUGGGUGCUUGCAUUUUGCUGUGACACUGGAAGCUAUGCCACCGGUAUUCAAAUACCAGCAUGGUGGACGGGUUUCAGCUGAGCUUCCAGACUAAGACAGACCAGGAAGAAGGGCCUGGUGGUCUACUUCUGAAAAGAAUUAGACAGUGAAAACCUCGUGAAUAGCAGCGGAACAUUCUUUGAUAUAGUGCCAAAUGAUAAGCCCCUCAGGUUGGAAAGCACUGAAAGUAUGACUGGGGAAGAGCUGCCUCCCUAAAGUAGAGUCAACCUUAUUGACAUGGACAGAGUCAAUCUUUCUGGACCUUCAUUUGCUGACGUGGCACAACUCAAAAUAAGAAGAAACAGCUGCAAAGAUCCAUUAAUAAUCAGAACAGGGAAUGUAUGAAGUAUGAAUCUAGGAAAAUUGGAAAUCGUCAAAAAUGAAAUGGAACACAUAAACAUUGAUAUCCUAGCCAUUAAAAUUAGUGAGCUGAAAUUGACUGGUAUUGGCCAUUUUCAAUCAGGCAAUCAUAUGGUCUACUAUGCCUGGAAUGACAAAUUGAAGAAGAAGGUCGUUGCAUUCAUCGUCGAAAAGAACAUUUCAAGAUCUAACCUGAAGUGCAGUGCUGUCAGUGAUAUGAUAAUAUCCAUACACCUACAAGGAAGACCAGUUAAUACGACUGUUAUUCAAAUUCAUGCACCAACCACUAAGGCCAAAGAUGAAAAAACUGAAGAUUUUACCAACUUCUGUAGUCUGACAUCGAUUAAACAUGGAAGUAGAAUGCAUUGAUAAUUACUGGUGAUUGGAAUGUGAAAGUUGGAAACAAAAAAGAAAGAUUGGUAAUUGGAAAAUAUGGCC